AUGUCUGAAAAUGAGGGAGGAACGGGUGAGGGUUCACAUGACGAUAGAAUUAAGACAAGCGAUAUCCCUGAUAAUCCAUUUCAGGAUGCAUUAAAUAGCCAAGAACCAAACUUGCCAGGGCAAACUCCCGACGAAAGCAACAUAAAUUCAAUCCGUGUCCGGCUCCCAUCUUUUUGGGCAGCAAAUCCGAAAACUUGGUUUAUACAAGCUGAGGCUCAAUUUAACGUGUUUAAAAUAACUAGUCAGGAAACAAAAUACUGUCUCACUAUCGCGGCACUCCCUAUCGAAACCUGUGAAUCGGUCAUUGACGUACUUUCAGAACCACCGGCGCGAGAAAAAUAUAACGUCUUAAAAGGUAUUUUAAUAGAAAGACAUUCAAUUUCAGAGUUAAAAAGAUUAGAGACCUUAUUGAAUAAGGCGGAAAUUGGCGACCGAAAGCCAUCCGAAGUUUUUCGCUCUAUGAAGCAACUAGCAGGAACCUCAUUCAACGAGGAUGUUAUAAAAAAUUUGUGGAUGCGUCGUCUACCUCAGGCUAUAAACAUUGCUCUUCUCUCGGUCGAUGCAAAAGGCAUAGACGAGUUAGGGUCCAUUGCGGACAAAAUUUAUGAGGCGUCACAGAACGCCAGUGUGUGCAGCAUUGCUUCACAAGGAAUUGAUAGUCAAGGUUCCAAUUUGGAGCAACGCUUAUCCAGGAUUGAAUCCAUGAUCGAAUCAAUAAAUGUUCGAUCAAAGCCCAGAAAUAGAUCCAGGUCCAGACCAAAUCAUAGGAGUUUUCGCAAUCGCACACCUAGCAGAUCCAAUCAUAGUCACAAGACUUGUUGGUAUCAUAGGAGGUAUGGAUCUAAGGCCCAAAAAUGUGAUCAACCCUGCAACUAUGCUGCAAAUUCACAACCACGUUCAACAAACCCUAAAUCAUCUGCAACCCCAAACUAA